UCUCGGUCUGUAUGUGGCGUUCCACAACUAGAGUGGGAUUAACAUCGCGUGCUGUGUGGGUUAUUCGGCGUCGUGUAUUUCUCUGAGUUCUUUGGACACUUCGACGACGUUAUCGUCAUGUCUCCAUCGCGUUUGAAACCGUAAAAAAACCGAAUGGCGUGACGUACCACGACAACUUUAGCGUAUCAUGCCUGGUCAACUGUUCAUGUGCAAGAGGCCAAAUUUUUGUGUAGGAUUACCUUUUGAUUUCCGGGACUAACGACGAUGGCUAAAGCAACAAAGCGAGCAUGGAAACUUCAGGAAUUCGUUGCUCAUGGCUCGACAGUCAAAUGCCUCGCUAUCGGUCGCAAAUCCGGCCGCGUCAUGGUCACCGGCGGCGAAGACAACAAGGUCAACUUGUGGGCCAUUGGCAAGGCCAACUGCAUCAUGAGCUUGACUGGACAUACGACGGCGGUCGAAUGUGUCAAGUUCUGUCCAGCCGAGGAGAUGGUGUGCGCGGGGUCCACAUCGGGAACAGUCAAGAUCUGGAACUUGGAAGCUGCCAAAAUGGUCCGGACACUUGCAGGUCACAAGGGGAACGUGCGAUGCAUGGAUUUUCACCCUCACGCAGAAUUUUUGGCAUCAGGGUCAAUGGACACUACUAUAAAGCUUUGGGAUACAAGAAAAAAGGGAUGUAUAUACACUUACAAGGGUCACAACAAAUGUGUAAACAGCCUCAAGUUCAGUCCUGAUGGACGAUGGAUUGCAUCAGGGAGUGAAGAUGGCAGCGUUAAGCUUUGGGACCUCCCUGCAGGCAAGAUGCUGUCAGAGUUUCGAGACCAUUGUGGGCCUGUAAAUGAUGUCGACUUUCACCCCAAUGAGUUUCUCCUAGCAAGUGGCAGCUCAGACAGCACAGUCAAGUUCUGGGACCUGGAGAACUUCAAUCUUGUCUCUUCUACUGAGGGCGACUCUGGUGUUGUGAGGUGUGUCUUCUUCAACCCCGAUGGUGCUUGCCUUUUUAGUGGUGCAGAAGACUUCCUGAAGGUUUACUGCUGGGAGCCUGUAAAAACAUGCGACACUCUGGUCAUGGGAUGGAAUAGAGUGGCUGACAUUUCUAUCGCUCAAAACCAGCUUAUUGCUGGAGCAUUUUCCUUAACAAAUGUUGCUGUAUAUGUGAUAGACCUCAAUAGGGUUCAACCAUUUGGAGGGAUGCCAAAUAACUCUACCAUGCCUCAGUACAUUACCCCAAGCCCUUUCAAAGCAGGGUCUCAUAUCCGGAGAAGCUUCUCAAAAGAUAAGAAGGAUGCAGCUGACUAUCAAGUGAUGCGUAUGAAGCCUUUGGAUGAUGGUGAUACUUUUCCAUUGGAGACGGAAGGUGAAGCUGACAUCAAAGAUUUCAGGGACUACAACAAAAUAUUCCACCCAUCACAGGAAUCAUCUCUGGAGACUUUGGUCGAGAACAUAAUGUCACGCACACCACCCAAGGACAAUCCCUUCCCUGCGCCCCCUGAGGACUCUUACAAGCCAGCCCUGGAGCCACAGAGCAGCAAGGUGGUGCGAUUAAGUGGUGCCUCAAAUCCGUGUGUUCUCACGGAACGACCUGGAGCCUCAGUAAAGGAAACACGGCAGCUGAGUGUCACUACCAGCUACUCAGCUAUGGGCACAACCUUCACGAUACGACCCAGAGGCUCAUUGAUAGGCUCAGGGGCCCUGCUGGCACCAGACCCACCAACACCUAGCAUAAUGGCAGCCAUACCAGGCUACAGCUCUGUAGGAGUGGUGCCUACCAACAUACCUGUGCCAGCAAGUGUUCUUCCCAGCAAAGUAACCAGUCGCGCCAUGCCCACGGGUCCAAUCUCUGCCAUUGCAACCAGCUUAGGGAAGCCUAUUGAGAAGGCCACUGCCAUGGUGCGCACGUCAUCGUCACAAGUAGUGGAAAGCAGCUCAACGGUUUCAAUAGUGCGCCCUGUCAUGAGUGUGCUGCCUGACAGCAAAGAAGCCCUGGCACCACCACAAAAAGCCGUUGUUCACCCUGAACAGAAGCAGUCAGUGGACUAUGUGCCUUCACAGAGGGACACUCCAGCAGGCCUGGAUCUUGAUGAGUUUCUUCCGCGGCACUUGCAAGCAAGUCUACGCCUGGGCAGUGCUGGUAUCCCGGAGAUGUCAGAGGCCGAAGCAUUGAGCACAAUUGCUGAGCAGCACAAGACUCUUCUGGCAGUACUACACCAUCGUCUAAAGAAUAUAAAAAUUGUUCUGGCCCAGUGGAGCACAAAGGAUCCCAAGAUGGCACUUGAUACAGCAAUAAACAUGAACGACCAGUCUACACUCGUAGACAUUCUCAAUGUUGUAGUUUUAAGGCCGCAAAUAUGGACCUUAGAUAUGUGCCAGACAAUACUGCCUGCUAUUUUUGAUCUACUUCAAAGUAAAUAUGAGUCGUACAUGUCAACCGGUUGUGCCUGUCUCCGCAUCCUGCUCAAGAACUUCGCCUCGGUCAUCAAGACGAACAUAACAGCGCCGCCCGGUGUAGGGGUGGACAUCUCCAGGGAAGAAAGGUACAACAAGUGCAUGAGCUGCUACAACCAGCUGCUCUCCAUCCGGUCGUUUCUGCUCAAGCGCCAGACGAUGCAAGGAAAGCUGGGUCACCUCUUCCGCGAGAUGCACAUCCUCAUGCAGGGCCUCGAGUGAACUCGCCGGCGGGUCCGUCAACACUCAAGCAAUCCACCACCGACAGUGCCAUUGUGUGAAUACUUCACCACUCAUAGGCGGGCUACCGUCUACACUAUUGCUUCGGAACUCUGGGUAGCCUCCUUUCUCGCGGCGUGUCUGCCUCGCGAGCGAGAGAGCCAGCGAAGGCUGAGCCGAGCGUGGCAAAGCGCGCGCCUUCUAGCGCUCUGCGACGCUGGCUUCGAUCCCUGCUCGUGUCCCGUCUGCCUGGCGAAGUGAGCGGGAGUGCGGGAGCUGAUGAGAAGGGCUGUCGAUGGCGUAUGGCCACCGCCGAGGCAAGAUGCGCCCGGCCAACACCUUGCCGACACGGCCGCAUUCCCUUCGACCGCGCGCAUCUCACAGCGGUGCCUUUCUGAGGGCGGCUUGACAGGAACAUCGCUCUGUGAUAUAGAAGCCAUGUUGUUGCAAGGUGUUUGUGUAUGCGAUUUUACGAUACUUUUAGCGAUUCUAGCAUGGGCCUUUUGCCGUUAUUUACUUUGCAUGAUUUCGUAUGCGUGACGUCAGCGCCUCCGCAUAGUGGACGAACGCAGUUUGUCAUCGGGAUUAUUAUUAUUUUUUUUUUGUAGUCGUUGUUUGCAAUAUCGAAGAUCGGUAAUAUUAAACUGUUUAUGCCAUCUGCGUUUGUUUUUCCCGAGCACGUAAGAUGAGCUGACUUGGUAUCGUAACACUAGGGCCCAAACAAUGAAACAUUCCUUUCCUUCAACCGCUUCCUAACCUUACGUGAGGCCUCCUUACAGCGAAGGACCGAUGGAGGAAGCAAGCGUACUCUGAAAGCUCCUUUCGUAAGGAAAGUAACGUAAGGAACGUAAGAGGUCUCGAACCUGGGUUCGAGACCUCUUAAAAGCUUUACGCGAACACCAUUAUUCAAUAAAGAGAUGUUGUAUGGUCGCAUAAUUUUUAAAUUGAAGUGCUAAUAUAUGGACGCGUUCACGCUUUCUUCUAGUUUUGUUUACUGAACGUAAAAAAGUACCACACUAUAGCGCCAAACGUGAUGUGCUCCAGCAACGCUGGCACGCCGGCGUCGUGCAACGCCUAGCAACACCACUCAUGCCGAACGUGCGACUGAAACGGACAUGCCUGGCAAGACUAGAGUGUACUAGGCAAGACGUUCCGUGCUCGCCCUUCUCCACAAGCGGGCGACAGCGCACAGGCGCAGGCAAACGUCACGUGGCUAAGCAGAGACGUGACGCGCUCGUUCAAGGCUAGGAGCGGCGUGAGGACGCACGAAGGCAGCUUCGGAGCUGCCUUACGCCGAGGAAGCACCAAGGAAGCCUUCACUGAGGGCGCCUGAGUAAGGAAGCUUUCAGAGUGGCAUAAAGUAGCCUCACAGCAAUGAAGGCUUUCUUACUGAGGUAAAGAAGGUUUCGUUGUUUGGCCCUAGAUUGAAUUCGAUCUGAAAAGAGCCCAGAAUCAAGUUGUAGCUUGCUCUCUAGAAUUGUCGGCCACUCAGCUUUCCUCAUGGCGACGAAAAUGCUUACACCGACGCCGAAUCCGCGUGUGAAUCGUAUGGCUCUUGUCUGUUUACACGUUGUGGGCAGAUAUUGUUGGACCGCUAUUUCUUCGCGAUUAUGUCCAGCGUUUCGUCCUUAACAUACCUAUGCGAAAAUGCGUCAGGAUGAUGGCUUGGAUAUUAUUUUGCGUUACUUUGGUUGCACCAAAUCGACAAAAUACUAAAUUGUAAAUGAAUAGUACUGUGCACCAUGCAGCAGCGUUCGCGUGACUUGGGCGUGUGUCAGCGCUGCUGUCAACUCACCAUUCAUGUUACGAGUUGUGCAUGUAGACCUGUUUUGUAUCUGCUCUAUAAGCCCGCAUUGUUUGAGUGUGUGAGGUUCAGGGUUGCAGUGGUUGUUGCGUGUAUUUUUAUGUGUGGUCUGAUUAAGCAGGAUGGAUGCGGCGUGAUAUGAGUAUUCAGGGUUUCAGAUAAGUGCGUCCUUCAACUCUGGUAACAUGCGUUAAUGCGCUAGCGUCAUAUUUGUAAUAUUAGGAUGCUAAUAACAUGGUCGUCUUUGCCAUAGUUAUUACUGGGCAGCUGGGAAGGCAAAAGACGUAGCGUUUAGCUCUUUCUGCUCGCCCGAACCAUGGCUUGCGUAGCUGCAUUCAUCUGAAUUUCUGGUGCGCACGUAGGCAAUCGAUACGUGCGUUAAAAGCACGUACUGUUCAGAUGACACCUGGAUUCGUGGAAGUGCCUUGCCAUACCUCUUAUUCUUUUCGGUUUUUUUUCGCGUCCUUCAAAGGAGGCAGCUUUACGAUAUGCUUACUUGACUGUUCAAGUUAGGUAAACAUUUCACCGCAGAAUCAUCGUGCCGAUUGAACCCGCCUAUCAGUAAUUACAUACAGCCGAAUACCGGAGGGACAGUAGUUUUCAUCGGUGAGGUGCUUUGGAAACACAUAAAAAAAUAAAAAAUAAGGAAACGUUAGUGGCCGAACAUCUUGAAAAAGUUCUGCCUUUCUUUAAAAGCACGGGUUGCGGUGAGGGGCUUUCAAAGAGACGGUGCAAACAGCUCCACUGGGCAAGGCUGUAUUGUGCAUUCUUACCAAACGCGUCGAUGAAUAAAGUGUAGCCACCUGCGCUUGACCUGCUGUGAAAAAAAGAAAAGAAGAAAGCAAAGAAAAUAGCAUUUGUGUGCGAUAUCUGCUGCUUAAACUUAGAAAUUUUUCUUAAUGAUUACCACAAGGGAAAUAAAACAUGUUAGGAAGUGGGUACUGUACGCCAUAUUAGGCAUAUACGUGAGGAUACCACCGUUCACUGAACGGCCGGUCAGCUCAUUGUGGUCAGCUUCAAUACCCUGUAAAGGUACGUUGAUUAUGAGCUACCAGACGUACAUUGUAAACGCCAUAAAAAUGUAGACUUGACGCUUCGCUUAUAUACAAAACGAAGAAAACAUUUUCUAUGCAGUUAUCGCGGCUUAGAAUUUCGCCGAAAUGUUGCCAUAGGCACGCGUCAGGUUAUGCCUGUGGGCAUGAAAGAGCUAGCAAAUUGAGAUAUUUUUGAAGCUAAGUAUUUUUUUUUUCCUUUUAAAAGUUGUAUGGCGGCACCUCAUCACAGAACCUGCAAGAAGCUCGUAAAUAAACGGUUAUGUUCACAAUUCAUACACUUAGAUCAGCGCACGAUAAUAUCAGGGUGUUUAUUUACGGUUUAUUGACCUACUGUGAUGUUUUAAUUGACAUAUACAUUCGAUUAGCAACAUAUGUUUGUACGGGCUAUACUCUUAGCACCGUUAAUGGUGUAGAAUAGGUAAGAAAAUAAAAAUGCCAGCAGUGUUCACGAUGAAGAUAGCAUUGGGCCUGUUACGUUCCAAGCGCUCAUAACAGCAGCAAUUAAUAACUGGGAAGAAGAGAAGGGGUGUUUUCUUUUGGCUUGCGUCAGUGCAAGCAAUGAUUAACACAAAAUCAAGGUCUAUAAAUGGUCCGGCCUAGAUAUUGAAGCUAUAAAUUGGUCAGUCAAGGAUGUCAUCAAGCUUUAAUGAAACUUGUACUAGCUGGAGCUGUGAAAAAAUGCACUCCAUUUCUUAAAGCAGCGUGUCAAGUUCUUUCAGUGGUUCUGGUAUGUUUUUGCACGUUUCGUGCAAUUCAAAUUUUCAGUUCAAUUUUUGCAUGGUCACAAAAUAUACCCGUAAUAGCAUGGUGUAUCGUUUAUGAUAUAUAGGCGACAAUUUUGGCUCGUAAAAUCGCAAGCGAGGGUCUCUUUAGAAAAGUGGGGUUGGUUUAGGCAUAUCUGACCUAAAAAUGAAAAAGGCUUGUAUAAUUUAUGCAGUAAGGGGUUAAUAUGCUGAAGUAUUCAUGCUAAAAAGACGUUAGGGAGGUCGAUUUGGCAGUCUUGAGCACCCCGCCAGGGCAGCUGCUAGAAUUCGCAUCGCAUGUGACGUUUUCAUUGGUGCUGUAUCGAGGCAUUUAUAAUAGCGUGCUAAAAUGCACCACUCUGUAAAUGGCAGCUCGAUAGCGAAUAGCUGGGUGCAUUAAAAUGCACAGAGCCGCACGUUUCUUCGUGAAGCGGUCGAACGUAGUCGAGUAAGUAUCCAGCCUAUCUUAGGGUUGGCAUCGGAACCACUGGUCGGCGUCUUUUUUUGCGCUGGCCACACAUAGACAGUGAAGACGGCUUUAUGGACGACACGAAGCACGAUAUGGGUCGCCACAGCGGAACUCGCAAAACUGCUCCGUCGCAGUUGUCAAAUUAUCGGGGCAUGGUAAUACGCAUUGUGCGGAUGUCAUCAAGAGCUGCGUGCGCCGUAUACAGAAGCUGGAGCACCCUCGAAGCCAUUUUGCUGGUCCUGGGCGCGAUGCGUUGUGCUGUCGGUGUAGGCACGCUCAUGUCUGCGCCGGCGCUCCCAGAGCGCUCCUUACACCGUUCAAUGUUCAGUGCGAUCAACUGUUAAAGGGAACAUACGAGAGCACGUGCGAAAUUCCUCCGUCGUGGAGUAGAUAUGUAAUCGUCCGGCAGUGAAGCAGACGACGUUUGGUUGGUGGCAGUGGCAUCUUCCUGCACGCCUGUUCGCUGCAUUGACUUAGUUCCAGCCGGCAGUUGUAGCUUAAACUGGAAUCGCAGCUAUAGGAGCGUUUCUCGCGAGUGAAAAGGCGACAUGGCGGCUAACGCCCCGCCGCCGCAGACGCGAGGACGUCCGCGCGAAGGGAACGGACACAGACACGCAUAAUACACGACUUGCAGAACGGUGCGCCUCCUCUUCCGUGCAGCGGCAGCGCUACAAAAUUUGGUUGGAAACGAGGCAUAAGCUUGACCACUUCUCGACGAAUUAAGUUCGAGUGCUUGCACAGAUCCAAGUCCUUUUGCUUUGGUUAUAUAAAUACUAGGCUUCUUACAUAAUAAAUGAUGCGUGGUCCCGACGAAAGUGUUACCUUCGGGUGAGUAUUGAUGACGUGACCUACAAUAAAAUUCGCUAAGACGUUGAGACUUCAUCCUAAAACCAGUAACAUAAAGGCACACGUCGACCAUGUAUCUGUGGGGCAAAAUCAGCUGUCUUAAGCAACUUUGGUUAGAAAAUACCUUUCUUGCUUAUUCGCAGUAUAUUUCUGCGAAUGGCUCACUAGGCGUUCUUUUACUGUGGUGACAUUUUCAAAAGUACUGCCGUUGUUCGUUAUAGCAAAUUUGGCAGACCGCCAUUUUCGUUCAGUUCGACUAGAAGGCGCGUCGCAUUAAUUGCUACCUCUUUUUUUACUCGCUGACAUGGGCCGAUAAUGGCACGUGAUUAAUCAAAUUUAUUUUAUUUAGUUAUAUUGCAGUGCGCGCAGGAAGUCUACAUGCGUCUUCACUGUUUAUGAUGCCUUUCUCUUUUAUUUGAGUUCAUGAAAUCUAUUUCUUUACAGUUGCACCUUGCACGAAACACUCACAGCAACAAAUUGUAGAGCUUGGUGGCACGGGUUUGGAAGCAUCAUCUAACUUUUAUAAUGUCAUUUUAUGUCAUUUGCACGGCAUCAGCGAUCGUGGGUGCGGCGGCCUCUUUAGGUCAUGAUUUUGGUAGAUAGCCCGUUGGCAAACCGACAUUUUGAGUCUGAAAUUCGGCAAGUUUAGUGAAAAGUAUAAUGCCCAGCAUUUAUCGGCCGCGGCAUGUAAAGGCUGACACCAACCUGAAACAGGGCCUAGGCGUGCGUUAUGGAAAGCUCCUUAGAUCUAGUGGCCUUAGUGACGAUGAUUUAUUGACAUCCCCCUUCCAAACAGGGCGGUGGCAAAUAGUCACCUAGCCUGCUAAUCAUGUAUGCGAUAGAUGCCUAUCAAUUUAGCAUUUUGUCUAUCUCUCCUUUCCUCCUUAAAACCUAUAUAUCUAUCUUGUACAGUUACCUGUGCGUGUAACGGAUCCGGUCCUAUCAAUAUCUCGGCUUUCUUUUUCACCAAUGCCGUAAACGUCUCUUGCUUAUGUCGACUGGAGACAAGGUAAUGCUUCCAUACGCUUUGAUGCUCUAGAUGAUGAUUAAUUGGAAUCCUCAUUGGCACAGGGCAGUGACAAAUAGUCACCUAGCCUCUAGAUGCACGGAGGACAACACCAUCUGGUGGCGUUCCAGGGAACCGUGCUUCGCGUCACAUGACUGAGCUCUCUGCUGUCAUUGGCGCAAGCGCGCGUAGCAUCGCGACCGACGCGUUCUUUUCUGCCUCGACAGAAACUGGCUGCGACGAGAUAUCCGCGUGUGCGGCCGCCGAAACGACGCCUGCGCUCCGCGGUCGCGCAUCAAAUCGCGUGAGACAAUGCUUCAUGCGGUUCCAGCUUUAGAGUGCCAGCAAAGUGAGAGCUGCACAUUAGUGUUCCCUUUAACAGUGGAUCUCCACUGUACACUAGCAUCUUUCUGCAAGGGACGCGCGCGCACUCUGUUUUCUUAUGCCUCAAGAUCCCCAUUUGAAGCAUUACGGCGUGAACUGUGCUUAUUUUCAUUCAUAUUUGCGUGUUAAAGUGACAUAGUUAUUACUGCUGAAGAAGCCAGAGCGCUACAUUAGAAGUUCCCGAAGGAUAUUUCUCGUCUUUAACUGCCCCGAUGCGUGGAAAAACUGGGUAAGCGAUCGUCACGCAGUGCAGCCUUCCUGGGCAGAGGGCAACACCAUCUGCUCUUGUGCUCCUCACUGUAUAGUGUUUCAUACAAAUAGCAGAAUACCAUUUUGUACACUGUCCAGUUCCACCGUACUGUCAAAGUUCAUUUGAACCGAAGAGAAGGUACCGCACCGCCUCCUGAUCCGGUCGCAGCAGGCAAGGUGGCGUAUUAGUUGGUGAUUAAUUGUCCAGAGUAGCACCCCCGGCGCGAGUGUCUUUCUUAUUCGAAUGUACAUGUGUACUCGAUCUUGCGCUGGCUUUCUUGAAGCCUAUUUGUUACUACAAUCAUGUUAUCUUUCGUCGUGACGACCUUAACUUGACCAUCAAAUGCUACUUUGUGUGCGAUAUCUCGUAGGAAAAAAAAUUGCAAAAUGAACACAAUUUCACUAUAGUUAGUGCGACCAUAAAAAUAUUGCCUUGAUUGAGUGACAUAAAUCGGCUGCACAAUCAUCAUUCGUUCAGUACACCGAUAAUUCCAUGAUAAACUGGGUCUUAAAUGUUAAGAAUGUAUUCACUUUGAAAAACGCUGCGAUGCAGGUAGUGAACGUUAGUAAAACUGCGACGGAACAGAAUCGCUCUCGAUUGGUUUCCGUGACGAAGUCCAAGGUUUCGUUCCCUCCGAAGAUCCGUAUACUGCUCAUGAACCACGUGGUGGUCGAACAAUUGCAGCACCAAAGUGCUCUUUGGUAAUCUUUGAUAUGACACUUUUAUGUUGCACGCAUGUUGUGCGUCGUUGCCGUCCAACUGCUCCGUGAUUUGUUAAUGUAUCUGUCGCGAACGGUCUCUACCGUUGCCGUUGCAACUGCUCGUACAUCCCUCUAAUAACGCGUACUGCUGUCGUGAAACUUCCGUUCUCUGGUGUAUGCGGUCUCGUUUGUGUUUUGUUUUCGGCGUUCCGAGCAUUCAACCUCGAUGCUAUGAAGAUCGUAUAGUGUAAAGUUGGUGCACCUCGCCACGGCUCUAAGUCUGCACAUUUAGUUAACUGCAUUUGGAUGGGCUCAUGUUCUGUCGGGUAGCCGCUUUGUGUGUUCUCGUUCAAGAACCCUUAAUAUGCCGGUUAUGGGACUGCUCGGUAUUGCUGACCGUGUUCCCUUACUCACUUGCGUGGUGCUAUUUCUCUGUUUCGUGAAACUAGUCUUGUACUCUUUCGAUCUUUCAUACUGACCCCAUUACGAUUACUGUAAUAAUUGCAAUAGCAUGACGGUGCGUUCGUGUUAGGUGGCCUUUGAAGAGACGCAGUCUUUGAGAAAACAAUGUUUCGUGGUUUGUUGGCGCAAGAAACGUUAUUGCAUGCUCAAGUAUAUUCGCACUGUUAAUGAGUAUACUUAGAUCGACCCCUUCUGAAAGGAACUUAAUGCACUUUAAUGCUAUCGAAGGCUCUGAACUGAUGUAAGAAAGUUUCGUGUAGGUUUUCAAUAGGUUGUGCAUAACCGUUCUCCAGAAUUCAGAUUCCGGCAGUGAUAUUAGAAUGUGUUAGUGCAAGCAUCGGUCGCAGAUACAGCAAAUAUUUCUGUACUUCCGGCGCUUUCAAGCGUAUGUUUUGCAAUCACUCGAGAUUAAACAUGAUUAAACACUUUCUUUUGAUCAUAAUUUUCGCAGAUUCUAAGAAAGUGUGUCGUCAUAACUCUAACUGGUCAGCCUUUGAAUUACUGCUUGAUUACAGCAGGUAAGCGUUACGAAGGCCUGGACACCGGAAUGAUGGUUUAAGUUGAACGCUGUAAACAUAACCGUUUGUCGAAACUCUUGAGCUAUUUGUGGCGUCCUCAUAGUGAAUUAAAAUAUUCAUCCGAGGCAAAUGGUUACCUUAAGUUUAUAUAUCUGCUUUUAAGGGGCUUGCCAUUAUUCACUAAGCCGUUGUAUAUGCGAUAGUCUUGAUUUGCGUGUGCUUUUUUAUUUAUUUUUAAGGCUUACUUGCGCAACCUCUGGCUCGGCCGCUAGCAUCAUUGGGGCUCCGCAGUGGGACAGAAACGCCGUGAACGUGUGUUCAAUCUUGUCAUGAGUGUGUGGAAGCAAAUACUGAGCUGUAAUAUUGCUUUUUUUUCCUCAUUUUAGUUGUAAGUGCGAGAGUGCGUGACUAAGUUAACGUGUGUUGUGGGGAUGCAGUGCUUGCAGACUGACAAAUCGCGAUGUCUCUUAAACCACACUGAACCAUCAGAAACGCCAUUUGAUUAUGCCGUGCCAGGCCGAGCUACAUCUUGCUGAAAGUCGGCACACACGCUUUUCCUUAUACGUUGUGAAGGCGCGAAAACUUGGGUCGCGAUGUAUAAAAAAUGUGUACGGAGCGUGUGUAACGACAUUGACACUCAGUACAUUCCCAAAGCAGUGCGCCGUGCCACUAAGGUAUAAAGGAACGUUUGAAACAACGACAUGACGGGAAAGCGUGUAGGGUGACGAACGCGCGUCCGCUCGACUUCUGCGCAAUCCAUGGCGUUUUCAUUUUGUAUAUUUGUCGCUUUUGGGACCAUGCACCACUUUGCUUGAUUCAGCACAUUCCACCCGCCCUGUAUCGUCACAAUGGGCAAGAGCACAGUGUUGGGGGCAUCACUGGUGUUGAUUUUCUUUACCUCGUGCAUCUUGCACGCAAACAGAGGUUGGGCUCCCGGCGUGUGUGUUCACUUCGGCAGCACUACAAUUUCCUGCGCUGUGCGUAGUUUACGGAGCUCUUGCGAACCGGCAGGUUUCGUUCAGCGUGCCUCUUUCUCAAGUGUUUUGUUUGUUGUCUUUAUAAUUUUUUUGCUACAUUUCAAACGCACUGUGCGAAUGUGACCGCAUGACAUUUUGUUUUGCGGCCGCGUGCAACGCAGAUGAACUGCCAUUUUGGUUUAUUCCAUUGCUAAGGACACAGUGUGGCUUGUGUAGCAUUAUGUGGACCAUUGCUGUAUAAUUCUAUUCUACGCCGUUUCAGCUUUCUUUGGCAUGAUGUAUAGACGUGUUGGUAGCGUAUGAGUUGCGAGGAGUGAUUGUUUAUGUGCAGAGUUUUGUCGAUGAAAGAGGCAUCCAAUGUUGUAUAGCUUUUGAAAAGAGAUUUACUCCGUUUUUCUGGCUUGUUAAAAUAUCUUCUUGCAAGCCGCUGGAACACCUCUUGUUACCGAGAUAAUUCUGUGUCCUAUAUUAUUGUUCAGCCAGUUACCGAGCCUCCUUGACCACUGCCUUAGGCGUCAUAAGUUAAUAGGAGGGUUCGUUCCAGCCUACAUUUCGCUGUUACACAUGGGGGAAAGUGUCUCAGGCAUGGUUUUUGUUAGAAGGUGGAUACCUGAAUAGUUGCUUUGUCACCGCAGGUCAGACUCACUCCUCGUCCUGUCCGCCUCUGAGCGAGCGAGAUCUAGCACUGUGUGGUGCAGGGAUAUCUGUGGUUUUGCAUUUGUUCAAAAAAGAGUGUUUGCGUAGAAUGUACGUUUGUAUGUCGCCUUGUGUGACCUCUGUGAGGUCGUUAUGGACGUUAGCACAACGCUAUCAUUUACUGAUUUGUAGGGCCAACUUAGUCGCUACUGGCUGUUCACCAGAAACACAUAAUUUAACCAUUUCACUUUUAGUGAAACGUUGUGUUUGCUGUUGGCGCACUUCGGGUCACCCUAAUGACGAUCAUAACCAUUCCUUUGUAAACUCACCCAGUGUUUAUUGCUUUUCAUUUCGUCUGCCUGACACUGUGCACGGUAGAUGUCGCCUGCUUUUAAUCUGGCGAUGGUGCCUCUUCAUUGUGAAAGAAAGGUAAAAAAAUAAUAAAUGCGUCGUGACAACAAA